AUGGCUUCACUCUGGCGACCACUCCGGCUACUGGCCCCUCUACAGUCGACACUGUCACAACCGCUAGGUCUUCGCGCCUGCACACCACUACAAUCGCGCCUGCUCCAUUCGUCGCCAAUUCUUCAUCUGCGCAAACCAUCAAAGGCUGUAGUCAAGCCCCUCGAUGCCUCUGCGCCUACUCGCAAGAAGCAACACAAGGAUGCUCUUAGGAAGAAGCAGUAUCCCGAUGAGCCGUUCCAUGCGCCGACACUCGCUCCCUCCACUUCGCCAACAAUCUCCUCCACCAACACUACCACACAUCAACCUUCGACCCCUCCUCCAACGAUACACCAGCCCAUAGCCCUUGCAUCUGUACAACACCCGCCUGUUGCCAAGCAGCAAGUCGAUCCACUUUCAACUCCUCUCCCUACUUCGCCCCUAAAACCCACCUUCGAAUAUGUACCUGGAGGCCGCUCUGGUAUCCUUCAGACCCUGAAGGAGCUCGCCAGCGCUGAAUCGCCAACCCUGAUCUACGAAGCCACAAAAGCCCGCCAAUACAUCGCCUGGUGUCUGUUUGCCAGUUUGCUUCUCGGUGGCAUGGCCGCAAUGCAGGUCGGCUUCUUCACCACAGCACCUUCUCAGCAGGACAUCCGCGUCGCCACUGUCUUCCUUAUCACUGCCUCCAUUUGGGGUGUCCUUGCGUGCUGGGCUGCAUUUGGUGCAAACGAUGUCAUCAAAAGAAUCUGGGCCAUUCCUUCUAGCACAGGCAAGCCGCUUUUGCGUCUGGAACCCGUCAAGAUUGCUUUGGGCAAGCGACCUUUGCCNUUUGACGUCCCUCUUGGUCGAGUCUUCUCUGACAAGGGCUUCGAGGAGUGUAUUGCCCAUUUCAACGCUACGAGGGAUGUGAGACGCAAGCCUGGUGUCCUCGAUGCUCUGUUUGAACCUGUCGGCGCAAUCAUGUCUGCCAACAUGAAGAUGAUUCAGAGAAAGUCUUCGUUCGCUCAGCUGCGUGUAGCAGAUUCAGGUACCUGGAAGGUCGAUGUUCGUGACUGUAAAGUACCCGAUGGUGGCAAGACCCUUGAUCUUCUCAUUCUCCCUGGUGAGAGAAAGCGCGGCUGGUUCGCUUCGUUGUUCGUCUCGGAUGUUUGA